AUGCCAAGUCCUCAAUUCGAUCAUUUCAACGGAGUGACAGGCCGAACCUGUCGCAAGUGCGGAGUCGAUGAAGAGCUCGGCGUCCCAAUGAAGCAAUGCAGCCGUUGCAAAGCAUCCCGAUAUUGCUCCCGUGCCUGCCAGAAGGCGGACUGGAAAAGUCACAAAAAGACCUGUCGCCAAUAUGUCCAAGCAACUACCCUGGCUACCACUACCCUGAGCUCCCAAAGCCUACCCAGUGAAACCCCCAACACGUCCGCAGCAGCACAUGCACAUGUGAGGGCUGAUCCAAGAGGACCCGUCGUAGCACCAGGCCUCGACGUCAACCUCCCCACUCCCUUCACUCGCUUGUACGUCAAGAGAUGGCUGCACGGCCGAACCGAGAAAGAUUGUUUCAAGCUGCUUUUCGAUGCGAUCCGGGUCCGGACAUGGGAUGACGAGGGGAUGGCUGCACGUAGCCUGCUGGAUAUGAUGAAAACAUCACAGGAGGAAGCUUCGAAACUGCUUGUUCGUCGGUUUUUGAGAGAAGCGCAUCGGAAGAAAUGCCUACCUGGCUGGUGGACAACCGAGAAGGAAAAUGAAUGCAUUGAGUUCGGCCACAGUGAGGAGAAUUGGAAAGAGUCGGAGCGUCCCGUGAAGAUGAUUCAGCUUUUUGAGCGCUAUGGGACUCCAUCCAUUGCGAUUCAGUUCCGGAUCUUCAAUGAGUAUGUCUAUGGACCGGUUCCGGGCGGGGGCAGCUCUCUCUCGUUUCUGAAUUACUACAUGGAGAUGGAGCGAGCCGAGCUGAUGGAGAAUUUCCUGCAAGCCAUCAAAGAUGGGGAUCGACCUAUUCCAGUGCCGAAGAGUCGAGAUGCACGUGAGAGCCGCCGUGGCACGGCUGAAUGA